AUGGCUGAAGAACUUUCACCUGAGCUUCAGUCCCUCAAGCUUAAGGAGCUAUUUGCCUCCAUAGAAACAAAGUAUCCAACAGAUGCCGUGCUAGAGCUGAGAGCAAUCAUCACAAGCGCUGUUAAAGGCUCGUCAGCUAUCAUUAUUAACACAAUAUCCUAUCUUGAACGGGAAGCACUGACAAAGAUUCAAUAUAUUUUCAAUGCUUCAAUAUUUCCCGUAGGCCCUUUCCACAAGCUAGCUCCAACACCCUCUAAUUCACUGCUGCAGGAAGACAGAAGUUGCAUUUCUUGGCUUGACAAGCAAGCCCCAAAAUCUGUUCUCUAUGUAAGCUUUGGCAGCAUUGUUAGCAUGACUGAGGAUGAAUUACUUGAGGUAGCCUGGGGUCUUGCCAACAGUGAGCGGCCUUUCUUGAAAAUAGUAGAGGAGAGAGGCUGUGUCGUGGAGUGGGCACCCCAACAGGAAGUGUUGGCACAUGGUGCAGUGGGAGGAUUUUGGACCCAUUGUGGUUGGAAUUCAACAUCAGAGAGCAUUUGUGAAAACGUUCCAAUGCUCUGCCGGCCAUUUAUUGGAGACCAACGCUUCAAUGUGAGGUAUGUGUGUCAUCUAUGGAGGGUAGGCCUUGAAUUGGACGAGUUGAAGAGGGAGAAGAUAGAGAAAGCUAUAAGAAAGCUAAUGGUGGAUAGAGAAGGAGAGGAGGUGAGGCAGAGAGCUGUGGAAUUUAAGGAGAAAGCGAAGCUUUGGCUGAUAGAAGGUGGUUCUUCCUACUGUUACUUGAAUGAUUUGGCAGAACAUAUCUUGUCUUAUUGA